UCCACACCCACCCACCGCUAACAACAUGGUCAACACGAGAAGAACGAGGACGCUGCCAAAAGAACGAAACUCGCUGUACAACGAUCCCGUCGAAGAUUACACCACACUCAUCACGAAAUGUCGCGCCCAGGUCAUUGACUUUGCCGACGGACCGGCCACUUUUGUGCGUCUCAAAUGCACCAGUCCGGACACCAAGAAUCCCCAUUUCCUCAUGAGAAUGGCUAAAAACUCCCAUAUCAGUGCGACCUCCAUGUUCCGCUCUGCCUUCCCCAAGGCAACGCCCGAGGAAGAAGAGGCCGAAAUGUCGUGGAUCCAGCAACACCUGCACCCCGUCGAAGAAAAGCAGGUUUCCGGUCUCUGGGUCUCGCCCGAAGACGCCCUGGCUCUUGCAAAGGAUUACCACAUGACCCCCUUUAUCAAGGCUCUCCUGGAGGCCUCUACUGUGCCCUCGACGUACGCAACUCCCUCCCGGCCGUCCGCCGUCGUUGGCUCCCACAGCGCUCACAAAAGACACGCUUCCAAAACUCGCAAGCGUCUCAUGGAACACAUCACCGCCGCCAGCUCUGCCAGCUCUGCUUCUGGCUCUGCUUCCGGGUCCGCGUCUGGGUCCGCGUCUGUCUCGGUAGAAGUCGAUGAAAAGGACGGCGAAACGGCGCCCAUGGACACCAGACACCACACUGUCGUCGACACGGACGAGGAGACAGAGGUUGUUGUUGAGGAAAAAGUUGCGUCAAAACGGUCGCGCGAGUCGACCGACAAGACAGAAAGCCGUCUGCGAGAUGCACGUGUUGAGACAGACGACAACGAAAAAACCGACAAGGAAAAUGAGGAGGACAAAACGGAGGACAACGAGGACGAUGACGAACUUGUUCAACAGACCCCCAGACGCACUGCGAAACAUGUUUCCCAGCAGGACACUUCCGUAUCUGUUUCCGUCUCCCAACCCGCUGCUUCCCGUCCCACUCCUGUCGUUAAACUACCUCGCAGAACUUCCAGUAUCACUCCCCAAACAGGCAUUCCCUCUGCCGCCAUUUCCCGUCCUCAGCGCUCGGCAACCACCGGCUCUUCCAGACUCUCUGUGUCUGCAGCAGCAGCUGUUGCGGCCGCAACAGCUCCCGCUACUCCUGCUCGUUCUCGUAAACGGACACGCGAAGAGUUUGACGAGGACGCUACAACCGAAAAAAAUGCUGUGAAGCCCACACUUGUGCCCGUCAAGCGCGCUCGCAUUUCUCAUCUGGAAACGCAGAUUAAGCAGGAGCGUCGGAAAGUUCGCGCUCUCACUGGACUUGUCGUCGGUUUGGGUGCUGGUGCAAUCCUCCCGUUUUUGUUUUAAUUUUCGCAAACUUGUUGGCGUUCUCUGCUGCACACAAACACACACACACAGCAAUAUCAAUCUCUCUCUCUCUCUCCCUCUUUCUCUCUGUUCCCCGACUUGCAUUGCAUUCGAACGACACCAUUCUUGCGUUGCAAUGCUCGUCAAAAAUACUGGUAUGGCCUAUAUAGGGCACACACCGUUUCCUUUGCUUGCAUGGAUGAAAAAAAAAAGAACAGGGGAAUGAUUGUGAAUUAUUAACGCUAUCCGCGUAUGCAUGUGCAGUCAAUGGCGCCUUCCUAUACAAACUCUUCAACCAUUCCUACCACACUUUUAUUACGAGUCCGGUGUAUUUCAGCUUCUUACUCUCGCCGACAACUGUGGGAUCGCCCGCUAAUGCCGGAUAUUCCUUUUUUUUUCCCACUUAAUUUGUGCACUGUUUAUCUUUUGUAUGGGCCGUUUGGCCGCCAUGAAAAUGUCGCGUUACGAAACGGGUUUGCAAUUUGUUCAAGACUUAUUCACUUUACUACUACAACUUAUUUGCUGCUGCUGCUGCUACUUUCACUUACACAUACAUACACAAACAUAAAAAGGGCGAACAGAGCAACUGGGAGGUGUUUCGGUGCAAUUUUACUAAUGAACCUACAAACGCUCCUUCACUCGACACUAGCAGCAUUCUUUUUUUCUUAUUGUAUUCGCCCUGUGCAGGCCUAUUGACAGUUGGGCUCCCUUCCCAUAGCCAGCCGUGCGUCGUCUCGUAGAGCAUGGCAGGAAAUGAAAUGUUGAUAAUGCAAGCAAAGAAUUUAUAUAUCGUUUAGCGUGAAGUGUUGUUGUUGUCGUCUUGUUGAACGUUUUCAUCGUCCGGUCUCCGUACUGACACACAUGGU